UGACCGUCGAGGCUAUCGUCUCCACCAUCACCACUCCCUUCUCCUCCUCGGCUCCCUCCUCCGCCGUCUCCUCCUCGUCGCCUACCCAUGGCGCUCCUCUGCCAGCUACCUCACUCCUCCUUAUGCUCCUCUUCCCUCGGCGGGAGCAGGAGCGAUCGCUCGUCCUCGAUUCGAGGUUCUGGCUGGCUCGUCCGACUCCCCAAGUGCUCUCCCCACGCGAGGAAGGCGAUCGCGAGGAAAAAUCUUAUUAGGAUCUCGGCAAUGUCUAAUGAGACUCCGUAUAAGAUGAAUCUUAACGAGUACAUGGUCACUCUGGAUAGGCCGUUGGGCAUCCGUUUCGCGCUCUCCACGGAUGGAAGGAUCUUCGUCCACUCGCUCAUAAAAGGGGGUAAUGCAGAAAAAUCACGAAUAGUAAUGGUUGGUGACGCAUUGAAGAAGGCAAAUGACGCGCAAGGUGGUGGAUUCACUGAAAUAAAGGACUUCAAGGAUGCAGAGAUGAUGCUCAAGACCAAUAAAGGAUCUUUUAGUCUUGUACUUGAAAGACCAUUUUCUCCUUACCCAAUUCAACAUCUUCACCCAAGUGAUGUUUACCAUGCCUUGUUUAACAAAGGCCAAGUAGCAUUUGCUACUUGGAAUAAAAACGUCUUGGCAAAAGAUCUGUAUUCAGGUUCUGAGGCCAAUGGGAAAUCUGGCUUUGCCAUAUUCUCAGCAAAGUUUCUACAAUCAGAAGGAUGGAUGCUUUUAUCCAGUCAGGGAUCUGUUAAUUCCCUAUUGCAGAGCAAUAGCCACCCUUUAGCUAAACAUGCCCAUGAACUUAUAAGUACUCUUUCUGAGGAAGAGCAGGGAGAAUGGGCCUACGGUAGUUUUCCUCUCGAGGAAUAUAUCAAAGCACUUGAUCGAGCAAAAGGCGAGUUGUAUUAUAACCAUUCACUUGGCAUGCAGUUUAGCAGGAUUACAGAUAGUAUAUACGUUGGUUCAUGCAUACAAACAGAAAAGGAUGUGCAGGCACUGGCAAAAAUUGGCAUCACUGCUGUUCUAAAUUUCCAAAGUGACAUUGAGCGUGCUAAUUGGGGAAUCAAUUCAGCAUCCAUCAAUGACUUCUGUCGUCAAAACAACAUAUUAAUGGUUAACUAUCCUAUAAGAGAAGUGGACUCUCUAGACCUGAGAAAGAAACUUCCAUUCUGCGUAGGUCUUUUACUAAGACUUCUGAGGAAAAACUUCCGAAUAUUUGUUACAUGUACGACAGGAUUUGACAGAUCACCAGCCUGUGUGAUUGCCUAUUUACACUGGAUUCAAGAUACUGCUCUCCAUGCUGCACAUAACUUUGUCACCGGAUUGCACCCAUGUAGACCUGAUAGAGCAGCAAUUGUUUGGGCCACUUGGGAUCUUAUUGCAAUGGUAGAAAAUGGAAAUCAAGGAGGACCUCCCACACAUGCUGUCAAUUUUGUAUGGAGCAAUGGGUGUGGUGAGGGUGAUGAGGUGUGCUUGGUUGGGGACUUCACUAACAAUUGGAAAGAUAAUAUUAAGGCUGUUUACAAGGGUGGAUCAAAAUUUGAAGUUGAACAUAGACUUCGACAUGGAAAAUAUCAUUAUAAGUUCAUUGUUAAUGGACAAUGGAGACACUCAACAGCAUUGCCUGUCGAAUCUGAUGAACGUGGGAAUGUUAACAAUGUCAUCAGGGUUGGCGACGUAGCUAGGAUCAGACCUUCUCCUUUGCACCUACAGAUCAAGAUUCAGUUCCUUGUUGCAAGGGGUUAAGCACUUUUGUAGCUCCAUUCAUCUAUGCUAAAGCUAAUCAAAACAGAAAUCGGAAUACUUCCUCAGCUACUUCUUCAUGUCGUCGAUGAUAAAAUUUGCAGGAUCGGACAACCGUUAAGGUAAUUGAAAGAUCGUUGACAGAGGACGAGCGGUUCAUGCUGGCAUUUGCAGCAAGGCGCAUUGCAUUCUCCAUUUGCCCUAUUACACUUGCUCCCAAGUAAAUACACGACUCUUCAUGGUUAUAUAUAUAAAGAACACCAAGUUUUAAAGGAUUGUUUACUGCUUGUUCCACCAAUAAAUACGGUAGGCUUCUGGCCUUCCUUUUCCUUAAAAGGAUAUAGCUAGAGUGUAUGCUUCAUAACUUUUCCCUUUUUAUCAUACUCGCAAAUGCCCAAACAGGGUCAAUAUGGUGAACUCUUUUUUGAAUGGCCAAGUCAAUUUGAUUGAUCCUAUUAACUUGAUUCAAUUGUAUAGAUUAUUUAACCUGGGCAGCCAACUGAUAUGACUAAAUUUGAUAGUCAAGUGAUUCAUAUUUUUUUA